AUGGCUGCAAGAGCAGAUUGGAUAAAAGCAGGAUCUCCAAGACAACGUAGUAAUAUUUUCUAUAUAAAGUAUAAAAAACUAAAAUGCGAAUACAGACGUGAGCAGAGGAAAGCCGUGUGGGAGUAUGAGAGGAAAGAACUCAGUGACAUCGGUAAUCUGCAAGACUUAGAUAAUGAAAAAUUUUGGAGACUGUUAAAUAAUAAGGCAUGCAGGAAAAACAAAAAGAACAAAAAAAUGGCAUUAGAGGUAAAUGGUAAAAUUAUCACGGAUUCACAGCAAAUGGCAGAUCUUUGGGCAAAUUAUUUUGAACAGUUAGCAACACCUUCAGAAGAUAAUGAGAAUUUCGAUCGAAUUCACCGAAUUGAAAUUGAAAAUGGAGUAAAUGAUCUCGUAAAAAAAUCAGAGAAUGCCCUAGGCUGUAGAUUUACUGCACCGUUAACAACUCAGGAAAUUUCGGAGGUUAUUAGAAGCCUACCAAACGGAAAAGCCCCCGGAUAUGACGGAAUCACGUAUGAGCACCUAAAAUUUGGUGGAUAG